GCGGCAGACAGAGAGAGAGAGAGAGAGGGGCAUGAAAUUACCGAGCAAGGAGGGGAAAACGCUCAUUCUUUGGAGCUGAGUCACAGUUCAGUGAGAUCCGCACUGCGACGCGGUUUUUCCGCACGUUUUUAAUUGAGCACGAACGGCGCACUUUGAACCAAAGCGGAUGCAAAAUUUAAGUUCUAAAUUGUUUUACUGCAUUUGAUCCCUGUCUGAAAUCUAAAGUAACUAUUUAAAAAUCGUGCAAGGAUGUCGGCGAAAGAUACACUGCCGAGCUCUUCAGCAAAUGAGCAACCAAACGAAGCCAGAAAGAAGCAGAACCCGAUCCAUAAAGUCAAGGGAAUUGAUGCCAUGGGCAUUCUAUGGACUUUUGGGAAAUGUCUCACAGCUUUGUUGCCCGUUUACCUGGCUGGAUAUUACCGAUUGAGCAGCAGUCUGGUGGUGUUUGGACUCGCGCUCUAUUCGGGAUGGAAACACACUCGGGAAGCCAAAGAGGCGAGGCUGAGGUCCGCCAUACAGCUACUGAACGAAGAACAUGAAUUAUCCAGCAGCAUGUACAGCCAAAAAGACCUACCUGCUUGGGUCAAUUUCCCAGAUGUGGAGAAGGUUGACUGGCUUAAUAAGAUCAUCCAGCAAGCAUGGCCCUUUAUUGGUCAGUACUUGGAGAAGUUGCUAACUGAGAGCAUUGCACCAUCCAUCCGAGCAUCCAGUACACAUCUACAGACCCUCAGCUUCACCAAGAUUGACUUUGGUGACAAGGCUAUGAAAGUUGUCGGAGUCAAGGCUCAUACUGAGAAUGAAAAAGGACAAGUACUACUGGAUGUCUACAUCAGCUAUUUGGGCAAUGUAGAGAUAAAUGUGGAGAUAAAAAGGUAUUUCUGUAAAGCUGGAGUGAAAGGGAUACAGCUCAGUGGUAUGAUGAGAGUGAUUUUGGAGCCUUUGAUCGGCAAUGUGCCCAUUGUUGGCGCACUCACGAUGUUUUUCAUCCGUAGGCCUAAACUGGAGAUCAACUGGACUGGUCUAACCAACCUCUUGGACAUUCCAGGACUCAACUUUAAGUCAGACACUAUGAUAAUGGAUGCCAUUGCCUCCUUUCUGGUGCUACCUAAUCGCCUCACCAUUCCAUUAGUGCCAGAUCUGCCAGUGGCUCAGCUUCGCUCCCCUCUGCCCAGGGGUGUGGUCCGUGUUCACCUGUUAGAAGCCGAUACAUUGGCUGCUAAGGAUAACUAUGUGAAGGGUGUGAUGUCAGGUAUGUCAGACCCUUAUGCUUUGAUCAGGGUGGGGCCACAGACCUUCAGAUCCCACCACAAAGACAACACAGACAAUCCAAAAUGGGGUGAAAUAUAUGAGGUAAUUGUUCAUGAAGUACCUGGUCAAGAGUUGGAGGUAGAAGUGUAUGACAAAGAUCCAGACCAGGAUGACUUUCUGGGGAGAACUAAGAUGGAUUUGGGAAUCGUGAGAAAGGCAAAACUUGUUGAUGAGUGGUUCACUUUGAAGGAUGCUCCUUCAGGCCGUGUUCACCUCAGGCUGGAAUGGCUGACGUUGCAGGACAACACUGAUACUCUGGAGGAGGUUCUAAAAAGAAAUGAAAAAGUUCUGAGUAAUGCUGCAGAUCCUCCCUCAUCAGCCAUCUUGACAGUGUAUUUGGAUAAAGCAGAGGCGCUUCCUAUGAUAAAAGGCAAUAAAGAUCCCAGUCCAAUGGUGCAGCUUUCUGUGCAGGACCUAACCCGAGAAAGCAAAACCUGCUGGAACAUGGUUAAUCCUGUGUGGGAAGAUGCCUUCACAUUCUUCAUUCAAGAUCCACACAAACAGGAUAUUGAUAUCCAGGUGAAAGAUAAUGACCGUGUACAGCCCCUGGGCAGCCUGUCCCUUCCUCUCUCUCGCCUUCUGUCUUGUCCUCAGCUUAGCCUGGAUCAGUGGUUUCAGCUGAAUCAUUCUGGCCCAGCCAGUCGUAUUUACAUCAACGCUAUACUCAGGGUGCUCUGGAUUGAUGAAAGCGCUGUAUCCUCCUCCCUUCUCACAAAUGAUCCACUUUCUUCAAGACCACAACAUACCUCCAUUCAUGACAGUUUUGCCACUGAGGGGGUGCUGCGUAUUCACCUGCUGGAGGGACAGAAUUUGAUACCCAAGGACAACUUGAUGGGGGGUAUGGUGAAGGGGAAGAGUGACCCCUACAUCAUCAUUAAUAUUGGGGGCAGCACCUUUAAAAGUCGUGCAAUUAAGGAAAACCUCAACCCCACCUGGAAUGAGAUGUAUGAGGUGGUUUUGACUGAGCUCCCUGGUCAGGACUUGUCAUUAGAAGUAUUUGACAAAGACAUGGACAUGAAGGAUGAUUUCAUGGGCAGAUUAAAGAUCAAACUAAGUGACAUUAUUACAUCCAAACAUAUGGAUAAGUGGUUUACCCUGAGUGACGUGAAACAUGGCCGUGUUCAUCUGGCUCUGGAGUGGCUGCACAGAGUAACCCAGUCUGAUAAACUACAACAGGUGUUGCAUUACCAGUCUAAGAGCUUGUACAUGAACAAGGCAGUACCUGCUGUAGCCCUGUUGUUUGUAUAUGUGGAGGCUGCCUAUGCUGUUCCUUUGAAGAAGAGUGGCAAAGAGCCUAAGGUUGGUGUUGAACUUGUUCUAGGAGGGACCACACACAAAACUACGGUGUGUGAUCGUACCACCUCACCCCAGUGGAAUGAGGCCUUUCAUUUUCUGGUUUAUGACCCCAAGAAGGAGGAACUGACUGUGAAGUUGUCACACUGCUGGGACUUCCCACUUGGCUCUGUGGUGAUUCCUAUCAGAGAGCUUCUUUCCCAACCAAAUCUGCUGCUGGACCAAUGGCUAAAUUUGGAUGGAGCUUCACCUCAGAGUCAGAUACUGCUGAGGGCAGAGCUGAAGAUCCUGUGCCCCAAAGUGACCGAGGAUUCCACAGAGAACAUAGAAGCUGCCGUAGUGAAGACCUCUGCCAAGGAAAGCAAACCAGAGAAAGAGCUAGUUCAAAAGUCAAGUGAACUAUUGGAACCAAUCACUAUAACUUCUCCUGUAAUUGAGCCUGAUGAGAAGGAGAAAGAGAAGGAAAGUGAGAAACUUCCAGAGGACAUCGCCUCAAUUGAUGUUCGACCUCCAUGUACCAGCCCAGAUCCCAACUUUGGCACUGAGGGUGUUCUGCGUAUCCACCUGUUGGAAGCUCAGAAUUUGAUUCCAAAAGACAACCUUAUGGGAGGCAUGGUGAAGGGGAAAAGUGAUCCCUAUGUUAAGAUCACUGUUGGAAAUAGCACCUUUAAGAGUAAAGUCAUUAAGGAGAAUCUCAGUCCCACCUGGAAUGAGAUGUAUGAGCUGGUUUUGGCCUCCCAGUCAGCUUCAGAAGUCUGCAUAGAGGUGUUUGACAAGGACAUUGAUAAAGAUGAUUUUCUAGGAAGGUUUCACAUCAGCUUGAGUGAAAUCAUUCAGGAUCAAUACAUUGACCAGUGGUUUACAUUGGAGGAUGUGAAACAUGGAUCCCUUCAUCUGGUUCUGGAGUGGCUCCCCACAGUAAUAGACCCAGAUGAACUGCAUCAGGCACUGCAGUUACAAUCAAUCUCCUAUGAAAAUAAAGCCUCACCCUCUGCAGCCUUGCUGUUUGUUCUUAUUGAGAAAGCUCAUGCACUGCCAAUCGUGAAAGGUGGGAAGGAGCCUAAAGCUGGAGCAGAGCUAGUAGUCAGUGGAACCGCUUAUAAAACCAAGUUGUGUGAUCGCUCUACCUCUCCUCAUUGGGGUGAGAGUUUCCACUUCCUGAUUCAUGAUCCCAGAGAAGAGAUUCUUAUUAUUAAGCUCUCCAGUGGGUGGGAUCAGCCACUGGGUUCCUUGGUUCUACCAAUAAAAGAGCUUCUGUCACAACAAGAACUUCUGCUGGACCAGUGGCAUAAACUGGAUGGUGCAUCACCUGAAAGUCAAAUCCUACUGAGAGCACAACUCAAGAUUUUGGCAUCAAAGACUAACAGAAAAGUCGAAAAACCUACUGAAAAAAAUCCUGAAAAACAUCCAGAAAAGUCUGUUGAAGAGACUGUUGAAAGGCCUGUGGAAAAAACAACUGGGAAAACUCCUGAAAAGUCUAAUGAACCUGCAGAACAGGCUACAACAAUGUCAACAGAAAAGUCUAUGGGUACAAAUAGUUCUACUGGUGGGCAAAGUGGUGGGAAAACUCCAAUCAGUGCUGACCAGGCGUUGACAGCAGCCAAUAAAGAGUUAAAACAAGAGACUAAGCCAACACCAAGGCUCAAUGAACUUGUGGCUUCUACAGUACCAGUAGCCAUAUCACUUUCUGAAGACACACAGAAACUGGCAGCAGAUAUCACUUCCGACACAGGACAUGAGGCAAAGGAUUUGAGUAAAGCAUCCUCAGUGGAAAGAGACAAUAAGGCUGUGAAACCAAUCACAGAAAGCGAAUCAGCAUUUGCAGCCAAUAAUGAGCAACACUUGGAUAAAGCAGCUGAUCAUUCUCAUGAAAAGGUAUAUCCGACUGUUCCUGCUCCUGAAAAAAAUGCAGAAAUAACACACAUGCUACCCCAAAACACAUGUUCUUACCCAGGCUUUGGUACCCAGGGGGUGCUGCGUAUUCACCUGUUAGAGGCUCAGAAUUUGAUUGCUAUGGACAAUUUGAUGGGUGGUAUGGUGAAAGGAAAGAGUGACCCCUAUGUGAAGAUCACUGUUGGAACCACAACCUACAAAAGUCAGGUGAUCAAAGAGAACCUCAACCCCACCUGGAAUGAGAUGUAUGAGAUGAUUCUGACUCCUGUCCCCAAUCUAGAAGUGAACUUUGAACUUUACGACAAAGAUAUUGACUCUGAUGACUUCCUUGGAAGGUUCAAAAUUAAGCUUGGAGAUAUUAUUAAAUCGCAGUACACCGAUGAGUGGUUUUCUCUAAAUGACGUGAAACAUGGCCGUCUUCAUCUGGUUCUCGAGUGGCUGCCCACAGUAACACAACCAGACAAAUUACAGCAGGUGCUGCAGAUGCAAAAUUCCCACCCAACCCAAAAUAAAUCUGUCCCUUCAGCCGCCCUGCUGUUUGUCCUCAUCGAGAGAGCACAUGAUCUGCCUUUGAAGAAGAGUGGGAAGGAACCUAAAGUUGGAGCUGAACUUGUGCUUGAGGGGACCUCUUACAAAACAAAGGUGUGUGAACGCUCAAGGUCUCCUCAGUGGCACGAAACAUUUAAUUUCUUGGUUCAAGACCCCAACAAAGACAUGCUUGUUAUUAAACUCUCUAGUGGGUGGGAUCAGCCACUGGGUUCCUUGGUUCUACCAAUCAAAGAGCUGCUCUCUCAGCCAGAGCUGAUGCUGGACCAGUGGCUGAGCUUAGAUGGAGGUUUAGCUGAGUCUCAGAUUCUACUAAGGGCAGAACUCAAGAUCCUGAAUUCUAAGAUGGCAGCACUCAUAGCACUUGGUGCUGGUCCUGUAUUAAGCAAUAAGCAGAUGCCCACCACUGGACAGAUCAGAAUUUCUCUAUCCUAUCAGAGGAAACUUACAGUGAUCAUUCAUUCCUGCAGAGGCCUGAUGACAUCAUCAAAAGAAGGGUUAGACACUUAUGUCUCUCUGAUUCUUCUGCCUGAUAAAAGCAAAGCCACGAAGAGAAAGACUGCUGUGAAGAAGAAAGAUCGGAAUCCUGAGUUUAAUGAAAGGUUUGAGUUUGACAUGAGUGUGGAGGAUGCUCGGCAACGAGUGCUCAGUGUGUGUGUAAAGCACAGCUCGUCCUUCAUGAGUCGAGACAAAGACAUCAUUGGUCAGGCAGAAAUUGAUCUGGCACAGAUUGACUUUCUAUCUGGUGUUACAGAAUGGUUUGACUUGAAAGAUCACAACUAGCUGGAUUUUCUGAAUUUUGAGACCUUUCCUCAAAGUUGCCAUACCCACUCUUCAAUUCAACAAUAUACACAGAUGCAUUGCUGUAAUAGUAUUUUCCAUUUCCCCCCUCUUUUUUACUGCAGCUGAUAUCUUUAGGGCACUAGACUUACUGAAAUCAAUGAUGGAAUCAGUAUUACUAAUGGACAUAAUUUCGUUAAAGUUGAGACAAAGGUGAGACAUAAGUGAGCUUCCAGGAAAUGUAAUAUAUCUACAUUGAAUUUACAGUUGUCAAUAUCUACAUAUGCAAUUGGUCAGGGAUGCAAAUUGAUAUAAUGACUGUGUUUGAUUAUGCAAUGAUUAAUGUUUGAGAUGUUAAUAUCAGUUUGCAAUUUUGCCAUACCUGGGAAUUGCCUUUGUACUUGUCUGUUGGUUGUUUCUUGGUCACAUACUUUUAGAACACAUCCUGUGUUUUUUUUGCCAUUGUAAUGAUUGUACCAGUCAUUGUUAUUAGCAAGGACCAGAGUUCAAGUUUUAAAAUGAGAUCUCUCAGUACUGUGUUUAAAAAAAAAAAAAUCAGUAUAUGAUAACACUGCUGGCUAUUGGUUGCAUAAUGGACAAAUUAAAUCACACCAACAUGAUGGCUAUGGAAAAGGGGGAAUGAAAAUGAAAGGGAUAGAAAUCCAUUUGUAAUAUGCAGCUUACACCUUUCUUAUUUUUUAGUAAAUUGAAAUGAUGACUAUUGACAGACACCCAAGCAAAUUUCUGCACACAGAAAAUGUAAAUGGUUGAAGAUUUGCAAACAUAGUAGUAUAAAAUGGCCCAAAAAAGGAUUCAGUGGUCUCCAUUAUAAUUUUGACAGUGCAAGUCUGACCAAUACAAGAGCUCCAUUCCAAUACACUUAUUGUUUCUAUACAGUUGUUGACAACUUCUAUUUGACUUCCUCCUGCCCACUUCAGUCUUUUACUAACCAAAUGAUAUUCCUUCUGAAAUUAUAAAGUUUAUUGAUGGAACUGUUACAAGUGUCCUAAUUUUGUUUUAUGUGAUCAGCUACUCCACCAGUACCUGGCAGACAGUGCUAUUUCAUUCUGAAAGCAGGUAACAAGAAAGAUACAACACUAUUUAGCUAGUUUGCAAAUUUAUAUUAAAACAUAGUUUAAAGUAAAUUGAUUGUACAAAUUUCCAAGGAAAUAUGUUUGUUUAUUGCCAAGGGCAGGGGUGUUUGUAUGUGUCCACUAUACCCCUUGUGCUGCAUAUGCCAACUCCUGCAGUAUAGUUGAAAAGCCAAACUGAGUGAUGAGAGAAAAACUAAAACCAGUAAUGAAAUGAAGAAAGGGCUUUCAUCUGCAUCUGAAAAUAUAUGCAGCACUUCCAAUACAGAGUUCAAAGACUGUUAUCUGACUGAAUUAACGUGCAAUAAUUGCCUUAAUAGUAAUUAGAUUUGUACAAGUAUAGGCUGCGUUCCAAAUUUUGAGGUUGCUUCCCAAAAUACUGCAGUGGUAAGGUCAUGGGGAGCAUGUACCAAAUUGAAAUGAUUUACACUGGAUGAUGAAACAUUUUUGAGAAUUCAGUUAAUAUGAAAAUGCAAAAAUCAAAUUAAAAUGAACAUGGUGUGUUUUGGCCUAUUGUCAUUAGAACGUAUGAUUAUGCUUGCACUCAACCUUGGAUGGCCUUACGUUUAUGUGCUACAAACUGUGCAUAUGUCUUGUUGCUUUUUAAUAUUUUACUUAUUUUUGAGUAUAUACUUUGAGUUUAUAUUAUAUUUGAGUUUAUACUUUGGGUUGAAUGUUUUAAAAUAGUGAAUUUAUCACAUGAAGGAGAUAUGGAGAUAGACAUUUUAACAUUUCAUUAGGACCUACCUGAAUUUGUAUUUUGUAUUUUUUAUUGUAUAUAAUUCUGUUACUGAUGUCAAAAUUGAUCAAUUUCAGACACGAGUGGGUAAAAACUAGGAAAGCAUUUGUAUUUUUCCAACAUAAUUGCUUUUUAGCAAUAGAUUGAGGCAUAUUCACAAAGAAUAUUUAGGCUAAGAGUAGCUCCUUACUGGAUGAGUUUGGGGGAACUCUUUAAAGAAAGGAGCAUGGUAAUCCCAAAGCCUUUUAUUACUAAAAGCAAGCCUUAACCCAACCGAAUUGUAGGAAUUCACAGGACUAUGUCCAAGUCAACAAGCUUUAAAAAGGUAUUGUGGUGGUGUUAUUAUUAUUAUCAUCAUCAUCCCUGGAAAUAAUAGUUUACACAAUUAUCCACUAUUUGGCCACAUGAGAACUGCUAACAUAUAAACUGCAAAUAUUUCAAACGACAUCAAUAUAUAUCAUCAAUAUAUUAUAUCAAAGUACAUCAAACACUGAAUGCCCACUGCUAUUAUCAUCUGCAGCAAUGACUUGGAUUGUUAUCACUGAAUAUGUACAGUUCACACAGAGGAAAACUUACCCAAAUUGCAAUACAAAUAUAAUAAAAUUAACUGAAACUGUCUAUUCCGUAAUACACAGAAACAAAUGUCAAGUUCUUGCAAGAAAUACAUUUUCUUUGAAAUGCUGUCAAACUAUAAAGACAGGGAUAGACUAUGCUAUAGUCAGCUGCACAUGUUCCUCUCAGUAGUUUUGUAAAGAGGUUUUAAGGAAAAAGUUAGAACUCUGUUAUAAGAUUUUUUUUGUGACUAUGAUAUUUUUAGGAGCUACAUAUGUGUUUUGUUUAUCUACCCUUUUUUUUUGUUCUAUGAUGCAAAAUGUGCUUGAAUGUAACUGCUGCAUAAAUGUACAUGAAAAACCAAAACACCAAAGAAUGAAGCACUUCAACAGUUACUAAUAUACCGCAUUUUUCACAGCUAUGCAUUGUUUAGUACUCACUUUGUGCUACCAAAUACUCGUGCCUGAAUAUUACCACAUUAAAAUGCCAAUAAAGCACUCCCUUAUCCACCA